AUUUGUUGUACCAACACUCACUCAACCCAUAAUCUACAUCGCGACAUGGCUGAUAAAAAGAAGCGCGCAUAUGCUGCGCAGGCAUACGAAUUCGGUGCGAACGCGCAAGGUGCCAAUGCUCCGCAGCCAGGUCAAGCGUAUGGACUUGGACAGCCUGGAUACGGUGCGCCUGCACAAACAUAUGGACAGCCUUCUCCUGGGUUUGUUCAACCUGCUCAGGGCUACGGACAACCGCCUGCUCAAGGUUAUGGGCAACCGGCUCCGGGUUACGGACAGCCCGCUGGUCAAUCCCCUCAUGACCCGCUCGCCCAGCAAUUCGGCCAGAUGAACCUCAGCCCACAGGCCACGCAAGUUACACCCCAGCAGGCGACGCAGAAUGCGCAGAAUCCAUUAGUCGGCAGUGAUUUGCUCCAACAGCCCGUUCAGGCCUGGGAGGUUGAGAGCCCACCGCCAGCUAUCAACCUUCCCCCGAAUACCGCCGCAACGCCUUCCCCACAUUCGAACGCCCCCGCACGAUACUUCCGAUCGACCUUGAACGCCGUUCCAACCACACAUUCCCUCCUCAAGAAAUCGAAACUUCCAUUUGCUUUGGUCAUACAACCGUAUGGGUCUUUACGAGAUGCUGAGGAUCCUGUUCCUGUAGUCUCCGACCAGGUCAUCUCAAGAUGUCGCCGCUGCAGAGCUUAUAUCAAUCCUUUCGUUACGUUCCUCGAUAACGGACACCGCUGGCGAUGUAACAUGUGCAAUCUUACCAAUGACGUACCGCAGGCGUUUGACUGGGAUUCGCAGCAACAGAAGAGCGUGGAUAGGUGGCAAAGGCAAGAGCUGAACUACUCGGUUUGCGAGUUUGUGGCUCCCCAGGAAUACAUGGUGCGACCACCGCAGCCAUUGGUCUACUUGUUCCUGCUCGAUGUUACUUUUGCAUCCGUGUCCUCUGGGCUUCUAGCAACGGCUGCUCGUUGCAUUCUGGAGAGCCUUGACCGAAUCCCCAACGCCGAUAGAAGGACCCGCGUUGGAUUUUUGGCCGUAGAUUCCAGCCUUCAUUACUUUAAGAUCGUCCCCGACAUUCCGGACAGUGAGGAUGGCCCUGUGGAUGCUAGCAUGCUCGUUGUCUCCGAUCUAGAUGAGCCUUUCCUACCUACUCCUUCGGAUCUCCUGGUCAAUCUGUCAGAAUGCAGGCAAAACAUUGAGAACUUCCUCCAAAAACUCCAGGGAAUGUACCAGGAAACACCAAUCACACAAUCCGCUAUGGGACCUGCUUUGAGGGCGGCACACAAGCUCAUCUCUCCUGUUGGUGGAAAGAUCGUCGUGCUGUCAGCAACGCUCCCUACUCUUGGUGUUGGUGCCUUGACCAUGAGAGAAGACAAGAAGCUGCUAGGAACCUCGGGCGAGGCCAAGCUCCUCCAGACUGAAAACAGCUUCUACAAGAGCUUCGCCGUGGAAUGCUCCAAGAAUCAAGUCUCCAUUGACAUGUUCCUUUUCUCGUCACAAUACCAAAACGUUGCUUCUUUAAGUAACUUGCCUCGAUUCACUGGUGGACAGACUUACUUCUACCCUGGAUUCAACGCCGCGAGAUCGGAAGAUGCAAUCAAGUUCGCCCGCGAGUUCUCCGAGUUUUUGAGCUCCGAAGUUGGUUUGGAGGCUGUUCUGCGUGUCAGAGCUACCACUGGUCUUAGGAUGUCCACUUUCUACGGAAACUUCUUCAACCGCAGCUCGGAUCUCUGCGCUUUCCCCAGCUUCCCCAGGGACCAAGCCUACGUUGUUGAGGUGGCAAUCGAUGAGAGCCUGACACGUGCUGUCUGCUGCUUGCAGGCCGCGGUCCUGCACACCACCUGCAAUGGCGAGCGCCGAAUCAGAGUUCUCACACUUGCGCUACCAACAACCGAGUCUGUAGCCAACGUAUACGCAAGCGCCGACCCCUCUGCCAUUGCCGUCUACUAUUCUCACAAGGCUGUCGAGCGAGCAUUUGGAAGCGGCCUGGAUGCAGCUCGCGAGUCCCUCCAGUCGAAGAUCAUCGAGAUUCUCAGCACGUACCGCAAGGAGCUUGCAGGUGGCAAUAUGGGAGCAGGUGGCCUCCAGCUUCCACAGAACCUCCGAGUUCUACCUCUCUUGUUCCUCUCGCUCGUCAAGCACGUCGGCCUGCGCAAGUCAUCGCAGAUCCCAUCAGAUCUCCGAAGCGCAGCACUCAACUUCCUGUCUACGCUCCCCCUUCCACUCCUAAUCCAGUACAUCCACCCCAAGUUCUACAGCCUGCACGACAUGCCCGACAACGCCGGCGUCCCCGACCCGCAAACGGGCGAGAUCCUCCUGCCCCCAACCGGCAACCUCUCAUCGGAGCGCCUGGUGCCCUACGGCCUGUACCUCAUCGACGAUGGCGUGAACCAGUUCCUCUGGGUGGGUCGGGACGCGGUGCCCGCGCUGCUCGCCGACGUCUUCGGCAGCGAGGACCGCAACGCCAUCAAGCAAGGCAAAACGACGAUGCCGGUCCUGGACAACGAGUUCAACGAGCGCGUGCGCGCCGUGCUCGACAAGUCAGCCGACCACCUCGCCAAGGGCGUCGGCAGCAUCAUCGCACCCACCCUGUACAUCAUCAAGGAGGACGGCGACCCGAGCCUCAAGCUCUGGGCCCAGACGCUGCUGGUCGAGGACCGCGCGGAUCAGGGAAUGAGCGUCCAGCAGUGGCUCGGUCUGCUCAGGGAGAAGGUUGUUCAGUAAAGCAAGUUUAAAACAGAAAUGACACAUCCGAUCAAUAUCUUCGAUCUUAUCUUAUUGUAGACAAGAACAGAAUAACAAUCAAACUCAAUGCAAAGACGUUCC